AGCAGCCAGGAUCUCUAUGACCUCCAUCCUUCCUUCCACAUUGCCAUAAAUCAGGCAGAGCCACCUCAGACACCACUGAGUGCAGGGACUCUCUCAACCCAAGAAGCCCUGUGAAGACCUACUUGGACUCACAUCUGAUCGACCCUGCACGUGACCUCUCCAUCUACCUGACAACACUCAACCAUCACAGCCAUUCUUCGGAGCAAUGACCUUGUUUGAAAAUGUCACCCGGGGUCUGGCCAGACAGCUCAAUCCCCGAGGGGACUUGACCCCCCUGGACAGCCUCAUUGACUUUAAGCGCUUCCACCCCUUCUGCCUGGUCCUGAGGAAAAGGAAGAGCACACUGUUCUGGGGUGCCCGUUAUGUCCGCACUGACUAUACACUCCUAGAUCUGCUACAGCCAGGAGCCUCACCUUCAGAUCCAUCGGACACAGGGAACUUCUCUUUCAAGAAGAUGCUGGAUGCCCGCCUGGAGGGUGAAGUAGAUGUCCCCAAAACUGUGAAAGUCAAAGGGACAGCAGGGCUCUCACACAGCAGUACCCUAGAAGUUCAGUCUCUAAGCAUUUCUGCUAAAGCCUUGGAUGACUUACAUAAGGACAGGAAGCUUAUACCAGAGCACUCAUUUCUGCAAGAGAUAAAGAAACGAGGGGAAAACCUCUAUGUGGUAAUGGAAGUUGUGGAAACUGUGAAGGAGAUCACGCUGGAAAAUGCUGGGAAAGCUUCAGGAUGCUUCUCCCUCCCCUUCUUUGCCCCUUUGGGCCUACAGGGGUCUAUAGACCAUAAGGAAGCUAUCACUAUCCCCCAGGGCUGUGUCCUAGCCUACCGAGUGAGACAGCUGAUAGUCAAAGGAAAGGAUGACUGGGAUAUUCCCCAUGUGUGCAACGAAGACAUGAAAACUUUCCCUCCAGAAGAAAAUCCUGAAGAUAAAACACUCACACUUAUCCAGUCAUCUGAUAUGUGUAAGGAGAUUUCUGAAAUUCCAGAAAAUUUUGGAUCGCUAAAGAAAGAAGUGCAAAAUGAAGCCCAAGAGGUGGCCAAAUUAAGCAGGGAAGGGCAAGAGUCACUACUCAAGUCUCUCAGAAGCAUUUUGGGGAAGAAACAAGACCUCCAAGACUUAGAGCUCACGUUUGAAGAAGCUCUGAACAAGGGGCAUCCUGUGUCCCUGGAGGCCAACCCAAAAGACAUUGAACUCUCUGGUGAUGUUGUGGAAGGCAUUCUUUAUUUCCUUGGAGCCCUGACAGAGUUAAGUGAAGCCCAACAUAAACUACUGGCAAAGUCCAUGGAGAUGAAGCUCUUGCCCCUGCAGCUAAAGCUGGUGGAGAGUGUUAUGGAGCAGAACUUCCUACAGACUGAGGAAGGUUUAUUUCCCCUAAAGCCUGAGCUACUAUCCUCCCUUGGUGAUGAGGAGCUGACUUUCACUGAGGCUCUGGUUGGGCUCAGUGGUCUGGAAAUGCAGAGAUCAGGCCCCAAGUACAACUGGGACCCUGACACACUCCCCCAACUCUGUGCCCUGUAUGCUAGCCUCUCCUUCCUACAGCUGUUGACCAAGUACUCCUAAAUUCCUCUUAACCCUGCCUUCACCUGCCUCUUUUCCCUUACACUAUUCUCUCUCAAGUUCUUUUCACUCCAUUCUCCUAUAAUACUCAGAACCACCAAACUGGCAACAUUACUGAAGAGGAAAUCCCACUCAAAUGGGAUAAAUAUUUUAGGACCAAGGUCCCUAAUCUCUGCCCUCCCUGCUACUGUCCCUCAGCUGAAACUUAAACCCUCAAAAAGUGGUUUCUUUAAAAAAAAUCUUUUUAAACUAAAGAUUAUUUUUAACAAGGAAAAAUAUUACUUACCACUCUUUGACUUGCCCUCCCCCUAAAAAUAAAUCUCAUAAGAAUAGCAAGAAUGAGGUUUCUUUAAUGAUUUUUGCUGUUUUUAAUUAUCAUAUGAAAAAUUAAUUCAUGCCAGAAAGGGAAAUAUACUAGUCAAAAAUGCUACAUAUUUUGUAGACCUUGUUGCAAAAGAUUCAUUUAUAUAAAGGGCCUACAAAUAUUUUAGAGGAUUUUCUCUCUCUUGCCUCAAAGGUCUCUACCCAAGGUCCCUACCCUACCUAUAUACCUUCCAAUAUACUAAGUCCAUUUCCUCAUGUGGUUCACAAAAUUUCAAAAUUUUAUUAAAAAGAGGAAAAUAAUCUUGAAUUUGAAUCCUAAAGAUAUGUCAAUAUCACAACCCCAAAUACAAGAAUUUCUAUAGCAAAUAACUCCCCUCCCUAGUUGUCUUGACUUGCUACUCCCCCUGAGGAGCAAAGUGAGGAUGAAAGUGGAUGACUUUUCCCUCUCUCCAAUUUCUUGCCAUUCCUCUUCCCCAAGCCAAUCCACCAAUUUGUCAGAUGAAGUAAGGACAAGACUCAAGAGAUGUAUCUCUAUGUCCUUACAUCCCUACCCCAAACCCUGCCCCAGUAAUCAAAAAACAAUUCCAUAAUCCUACUCUUGUCCCCAACUGUCAGGACUGCCCUCUAUAGUUCUUCCCUUCUUUUUUCUCUCCUGUCUCAACAAGUUAUUUUCCCAACCCAUCCCUAUUCAUAACUUUGAGUAGACAUAACUUAUUCCCCCUAGUUAUUCAAACAAGAAAGAAGAGAAAAAGACCCCAGAAUCAUUAUUAAAAUAUUACUAUAAGAGUAUCUACAAACCACUCAGAAGAGUGUUUCAUGGCCACUUUGAGAAUCACUGCUCAAAAACAAGGACAGAAACCAGAAGAAGUUGGAAGGAGUCUGAAAUAUCAGGUCCAAAAAUGUGAAACCUAUCGUCAAACAAUCUAGUCGGGAGCCCUUUGAGGAUUUAAAGAGUAAAGGAGGAAUAGAAGAUAUUGAAAAUAAAAGACAAAGAGACUAGUGACUUUACUUUCAAAAGUAGCAACAACCUUUCAAAAUGAUUCAUUGGAUGAAGAGUCUAAAUUGGAUGAGAGGAAAAAUCUAGAUAUAAGAUUAACGCAGAAAAUUUCAGUCACCAUAUAAGUAAGGGUAGUAUCUUCAUUAUCAUUCAGUCUUUUGGCCCCUGCCUUGUCUGAUUAGAAGUGGUUGUGGGGUAGAAAGGCUGAUGUAAUAUGCAAUAAACCUAAUAAAAGAUCUUGAAUUCACAACAUCCCUACCUUACCUAGGUUGUUAGCUAAGCUCUUUAAAAUAAAAACAUUGAAGCCACAACUGAUAUAUUAGUCAGUCAACAUGGAUUUAUUAUACACUUAAGACACUGUAAGUGCUAAGAAUUCAAAAAAGGAUGAAAAACAGUCCCCAUGCUCUCAAGGAACUCAGUCUAAUGGGAAAGACAAUGUGCAAAUAACUAUGUACAAAGAUAUAUACAGGAUAAAUUGAGGGUAGCCUGAGAGAGAAAGUACUAAGAUUGAGGACUGGAAAUGGUUUAUUACAGAAAAGGUCAGUUUGCUAACUUUUUAGGAAAGGAAGGAAUCAUUGGGAAGGAGGUUGUUUCUUAGAAAUGUGUCAAAAUAAAACCCAUCAAUUUCAAAAACAAAAUUGAGUGUGCUAUUUACUCGACAGCCUUAUUAGAUGGUCAGUACUUCAAAAGUCAAAGAAAGUAAAAAAAAAUCGACUCUCCAUCCUUUUCUUCCCACUUUGCAGACUGAUUCCCUCCCUCCCUGAGAGUUCAUGACCAGCUUCCAAAUGCCAUGUGUCAAUCAAUCCUCCCCUACUUUUGGAUGUCUUCCAAAGCUCAUGGACAUAGUGUGUUGUUAUCUGCUGACUUGGUUGCUCUUUCCUUGUGAUGUAAUCAUUAUAAAGAAAUGAGCUAAGAGCCUAACAAUCCGGAAGGGUGGAGGACUCAAAUUAUAAUAAAGCAUGUUUAUUUUCUUUCUUCAUAGCUCUUGCCCACCUACGCUGAAAUGUCUAGUAUGUUUUGACAACAGCAUCCUUUGACAUAUAUUAUCUGUGCUACCCGUAACCACUUAACCACUUUAAACACCAGUUUCUUCAUAUUUGAACAUAAGGGUUGGACUAGAUCAUUAAGGAGUUUUCAAUAAAA